CGCGGCUCGGAGAUCUCCCCUAAGUGCGGCCCUAGCACCGAACCGGACGGCGGCAAGAUGAUCAUCCCACCGUACUUCGCUCACAACCUCCGACAAGGUGAAGCGAUCAUGUUCCCUCGUGUUGACCCAAUGGCUCAAGUACAGCGCCUAGUACCGGUCCUGGGCACCGUCUCCUUCUACCCGGAUCGACGCUCGCAUAGUCGGUCUACCUUCUGGAAUGCCGCGCCUCCGUUCCGCGCCACGACUCUUCCGGAAAGGCAAGCAUCACCGCAGCCUCGCGCUAUCUUCCCCCGCUCACUUCCGCCCUACAGUACCGAAAGGAUCCUCAGCAACCCGACCAAGGUCUUCCAGGAGAUCGCUGCCCUCGAACGUCGUGACCGCGAGGCUCGCGGAGAGUCACCCGAUGUUCAUCGGAUCGACGCGUUGGACCUCCCGUUCGUUAACGGUGACUGGAAUGGCCUGCUGUCAUCCCCUUCGCCCGUAUCGACUUGGGAAGAUGCGCCGCUCGCGCUCUCCCACCAGUACGGACCCUACGCGCUGAUGCCCAUCCCGUCCAUCAUCGCCGAGUGGCUCGAGAAGGAUGGUAUCGCCCCCAAGACUUCCUCGCUUCGUCAGUGCCUGGCCGCCAUCGUCCGCCACUUUGUCACAUGGCCUACACAAGAAACCUUCCACCGUGUCGCUCGCGAUGCUGCCGAUCGCGAAGGAGUUCUGGCGUUCACGCUGCGAUCCAACAAGCAGUUCGAUUAUCACUCCGCCAUCCACCCCGAGCUCUACCACGAGGACAACUUCCGUGAUCUCAAGAACCUCGUAUCUAGCAUAGUCCUGCGUGUAGCCGUGGCACUCAUCUGCUGGCCGCUCCAGCUCACGAACCGCAUCGUCUCCGCCAUCGCUGAGGCGAACCCGGAAUUCGGCGAGGACCUCCUCGACUUCAUCGAGCACGUCAACAAGACCUGUCAUUCGUAUCGCUGGGGCAACGAGAAGGAACGUCUCGCCUCUUCGCCCGACAACUCGGUAUUCGCCAACGACGCCAAGUACUACCUGCACCAGCCUCCGCGCUUGACCGACUCGGAUGAAACUCGCACCGCUCCGCCCUCACCCGCCUCUACGGCCUCGGACGACGAGUCUAUUCCCGAAAUCACGAUGCCCGACGACGACCGCCACGAAGGCGAAGAUGCUCCCGUACCCGCCCAAGACCUGCCCGACAGCAUGUCGCUCAAGAGCAACGAAUUUGACGAGGAUGGCUUCGACGAGGUACGAUCGCGCGCUCACACGCCGCCUUCUUUACUCACACCCGUUCAGGAUGUCGAGGAAGGCGAGAUUCCGCCCAAGUUUGAUGUGCCCUUUCUUGAGAAGGCCCCGGACUCGGCCCUUCCGGUACGGGAUUGGUUAGAUGCUGUGUUCGAACGCGCCACUCAUGAUAUCCAGGAUGCGCUAUUCAUGGAUGGGCUUCAACCCAUGGCAUCCAUCGUCGUGUCGAGUGUGCGGAUUCCACCAACCGGACAAGACGCGCAGUCGCCGCGCUCGCCUACGCUCGAAGGAGCUAGCGCGGGAGCGCGACUAACCCCUCCGCUCGCGCUGAACUCUCAGCGCUCUUCCUCCUCGUACGUAACACUCGAACUCAAUGGGAAUCCUGGUAAUAAUGCCACUCCCAGGUCGCCGUCCAGCACACCGCCGCCCUUGCCCGCCGACCAGUCCUUUCGGACCAAGCCUAUACCCGACCAGGACGGUGGAUCUCUCCCGCGCGUCGCUGACCCCGCUACAACGAAGGAUUCUGGCCGAGACGGGAUACCCGGGGAUCGCCAGCUCGUCUCAGUUCUACGCGAACAUGAACAGCGUGGUGGACCGGAUAGCACGCGAUUGGCCCAACAAUCUCCCCAGCCGACGCCCGAACCUGGUCAGGCUCUCGAACCGCGAUCCGGAGGACCUGCCGAACCCUCGCUCCUCAAGCAGCAGCCCGUCGCCGUCUCCGACCUCGAGCAGUGCGAGGAUGCAUCGCUCGUUCGUACCCCCACCGCCCUACACGCAAACUCCGCCUCCUCACCGAUCCACGCCGACAGGGUCGGAGUCGUCAGACACGACCAGCCCGUCCUCACGCCGCCGACGCCCGUUCUUACCGCACCAGCGCGUAUUGGCUCGUACGCCCCGUGUGACGAUACGAAACACGUUCAACGUGUACCCACGCCCGCUCCCUUCGACGAAUCGCAGGCGCGCCGGGUUAUUCCCGCUCUUCGGUCAAUACUCGACCCUAGCAACCCUAUCGGCCGCGGUCUGGGUUUCCAUCAUUUGCCUGCUGGUGUGCGCGAAGCACUGGUGGCAAAUCAGUACCGCCUCACCGGCAUCGAGCUCCUCGUCGAGUUCCGCGACAUCCUGAACCACUACGACGCCCCCGGCUGGACGGACGACGAAAUCUACGCCGCUGGCUUCCUCCGACGCCUUCAGCAGAGCUUGCUCAAUUCGCCCACUCCCGCUGACGACGCUCGCGUUCUGCAACGUGAACUCGAUGCCCUUACCGGUGGCGACCACGUGGACAACCUCUUCGCCCUCCUCCGCGAACUACGCCAGCGCGUUCAGCACAUCGACCACGGUUUCUAUUUCGACGACGACGAGGAGCCCGAGGCGAAGACUCCCUUGCCCAAGCCCGACAAUGGCGAACCCAAGACCACCGGCCUCAUCCUCGAACCACCUCCCAGCUCGACCCAAGCUUCGCGCCAUUCCUCGCCAUCAAGCAUGCCGUCACUGGAGGCGGUCUCGGAUACCUCCUCCAGUGAAUCAAGCUCGGUCUACACCCCGUCGGAGAUGGAUAUCUCGAGCGACGACGAGCAAGCCCCACGCCCCCCGGUUAACGACACGGCCACUACGAGGACUCACGAACACGCUCUCAUUCCGCACCACCGGCCGCAACGACUCAUCUACGUGAAUACUACCAGUACGAUGAACCCCACGGCCGCCGAGUUCGUUCCCCGCAUCAAGUCUGCGGACGAUGAGUCCACCCCGUCCUCGCCGGUAGCCCGCAUCUCGUCGCUACGGUUCGCUGCCACCGAACAGCCGCCCGCCGAAGACAAGAUCAGCACGAGCACCACGUUUUCGGUACCACCCGUCCGGGUGAUGUCUGUCCGCAUCGCGCCGCCUCGAGAGGUCAUCGAGAUCUCGAGCGACUCGGACGACGGCCAUUCGUACGUCGCGCCUCCGCCUCCUUUUCGACUCAUCUCUCAUCGCUCACAAAGCACAAUGUCGCAGAUCAGCCACGACUCGCACGAGAUCGCCGAGUCCGACGAUUCCUCCUCUACUCCGCCCGACCUCGCCAAGGCCUCCAUUACCGACGACCAUGCCGAUGGUUCUCCCCACAGUACCGCCUAUCCGGCCAAGGAGCCCCGACUCUCCUAUCUCCGUCGCCACCGCCCCGACGAUCCUCAGGCACCCGCUCGGCCCGCCUCUCGCCUCGUCAACCUCGCCGAAUCCCUGGCGAACGGCGACGAACAGGAACCGACGACGGAGGAGGAAUCGAACGGGCGGAAACGCAAAGCACGCUCAUAUGCUACCAUUCGCCGGUUCGAGGAUGGCAGCCCGCUCGGUGUUCACGAGGAGGAGGACGACUUGUACGCACUCGCUCCACCCGUCGGCUCUCAUCUGGCACCGAAGACGCGGGCCGAGGUUCUCGAAGAGCUCCCUCCUCAACUCGGUCAGCUAGUUCUGGUGACUCGAGCAGUCCUUCCGCCCCCGGCACUCCCGUAUCCUCCUGGUCGGCGGCACGCCACGCGAGACAUCGUCAUUCCCUACGACGACAAGCACGCAGCAUUCAUUCGUCGAGAUGGACGCCCAGUCACGCUCACGUUUCCCGCCUUGGCGAGUGUCGACGCAGUCGCCGAGCGGUUUCGACGCCGCAUCCAAGACGAGGCCGAUCGCGUACGGCUACCCGCCCACUUCGUUGACUGGAUCGAUCGCCGCACCUCCAAUGGGGUCGCAUCAAGCAUCAUACACACGCACGCCGUCUACCUCCGCCAGGUGGCCCUCAACAUCGUACAAGCCACCAUUCAUCUCGUCGCGCCCGAGGUGGGCGAAGAACGCGCCUUCAACAUCAAUCACGCCAUCGAUUCUCUCAACCGGGCCUUAUUGCACUCCCCCUUCGGGAACAAUGCCGACUACGCCCGCCUCCUUAGCCCCGCCGCCCGGAAUCCGUUCCUACGAAAAUCCGAAGUACGCUUUCUCGAGGCCGCUGCCAUCUAUUUCGCUCGCACCAGUCGCUUUCGCAUCACGUCAGCACUCGUCGCGACCCUCGUCUUCAACACGCCCGGCGCUUGGGCCGUACAAUCGCUCCUCGGGAACAACCUCCUCGAAGAAGACUUCUUCGUCGAACACCUCCACCACCACGAGUCGCAAGUCCACCGGCUCGCAAACGUCCUCGAGCUUGCCGUCACGCAUUAA